UAAAGCCAGGGUGACGAGGAUCCACCGUUAAAACGCGGAAACCAGAAGUCAGUCAUCACAUCACUGUAAAAUUUGCCUUUAGGAAGAUAAAUACAGCCUCGACACACCUGUACCAACACACAAGUUCACAUCAUGCCGAGGAGGAAGGAGAUUGUUAAAGGAGGCGCUCCCAUUGCUAGAAUCCGAGAAAACUCGAGACUAAUGCACACCCAUGAAUCUAUGGUGGAUUUCAUGCAUGGACGACACUCUGGGGGCUCUUUGCUGGAUGUCGUCAGCUCUGUCUUCGGUUUAGAUUUUAUAAGGAACAACCUGGAGGAAGACUUCAUUUAUUCGGACGAUGACGACGAUGAUGAUGAUGAUGAUGAUGACGAUGAUGAUCGCUUCUAUCCACGCAAUCAUGUCCACAGGCCUUUAGAACCACAUCCAAGAAUUAGACAGCUCACUGACGAGGAGGCCGAUAGACAUGCAAAAGAAUUGAUAGAAGAAGAGGAAAAACGUAAGGAGAGAACAGAGAGGAACAAGAGAAAGAAAUUGCGUAAAAAAGAAAAGAAACGAUUAGAAAAGGAGAAUGCUGUUAAAGACAUUAUACCUGAGAGAGAACAAGCAAAGUCAGACUCCUCAGAAAAUCACGAAGAAAGUCCUGUAAUUGAAAGUAAUGCAGAAACAAAUACAUCUCCUGAAUCUGCUGAAACACAACAUGCAACAGAGGCAGGUGGAUGUAAUGAGAGCAGCAGUGAAAAUAAAAUUACAGAAGAAAAUACUGUGGAGGAAAAUAAGAAAGAAGAUGAGGAGCAAAAGGAUUUGGAUUUAAAUAAUUCAUAUUCUUCGAUGACUAAAUCGGUGCCAGAGGAGACGUGUAACAAGAAGCCUGCAAAAGAGAGAAAAAAGGAAAAAAUUAAAUUACAGGAAGUUCAGCAGUCCAAGGAGAAAAAAACAAAAGAAGUGCAGAAAGCUGAAGUUCCAAAGAAGAAGGAAGAGAAACCUGAACCUGAUAAAGAGAAAACCGCAGAUGCUCAGGCUGAAGAGUUGGCAAAAAGAAGCAGGGAGCUUGCUGGUAUUGGAAAUCGUUUGGCUGCCUCUGGUCAGUACGAGAUGGCAGUGAAAUACUUUACUGACGCCAUUAAAUGCAACCCAAAGGAAUUCAAGUUGUUUGGAAAUCGGUCACUCUGUUUUGAAAGAAUGCAGCAGUAUGAAAACGCGCUCAGGGAUGCUGACCUGGCACUCUUCAUGGAGCCAAACUGGAUAAAAGGUUUAUUUAGGAAAGGGAAAGCUCUCUGUGGGCUCAAGAGAUACUACGAGGCCUCACUCAUCUAUAAGGAAGUGUUGCAGCUGGAAAGUUCGAGCAAUGACGCAGCGCAGGAGCUGAAACGAGCGCAGACGUUGCACCUCAUGGAGAUGGGAUUCACCUGGGCGCAGAGCUCCGAGGCCUUGAAAACACAUGCCACCUUAGAGGAAGCUGUUGAAUCUCUGUUUGGUGGCGACUGUAAUCCUGGUACUGGAGAACUCGGUGCCAGUAAGGAGAUCGCAGAUCAACCAUUGGUCCAGGAAGCAGCCGAGGAUGAGGGAGAGUGGAUUGUCCGACAAACAAGUCGUCCCAGAGCGCUGCAGAUCAGAGACAUCGACGCUCAGGACCAAAACAGAUCAAAAUCUCAGUCGCCGACCCCUCGCUCAAGAAAUUCUGUGAAACCGGAGCUGUUCCCCAUCUGGGUCGGAUCCUUGGCCCCUGCUGUCACCUACACGACGCUCCACGAGCUCUUCAGCAGAGCUGGGACGGUUUACAGCAUCAAGAUGCUGCUUGAACAACAGUGUGCCUUUGUCAACUACACCAAGAAGGAAGACUGUGACACAGCCAUCCGGUGCAUUAACGGGAUGGUGGUGGAGGGGGCUCCACUGUCGGUGCGAUAUCCCAAUAGAAUCCACAAUGGACUUGGUAUGUCCAGAUCGGCCGCUACUGACGCCUACUCACGGCCCGGCCCGUUCAGGAAGGAGUGCUUCUUCUGGAGGACCACGGGCUGCACGAGACCAGACUGCACCUUCAAACACGACCCGGAGCACAAGAACAUUGACAGGGACAAAUUCACCAGCAGACUGGGAAACUUUAACAUGUAGGAAGUCAGAGAAUGACAAGCAUGCCUCUUGUUUCCUUUGAUAUUUGACACAGUGGUGGAGCCAGAAUGAGCCGCUUUCUGUCCCGUCGGUUCCCCCCCUUUUUUUGUUUUUGGACCUUGUGAAUUUAGGGCAACGGAAGAAUAAGUGUUUUGAUGUGUUCGGGUUUGAUUCUUCUGCAGUUUCGGAAAUGUUUGUACCAUGACGGCCCGCCACCGUAGUACAAAUACAAAGGACACAACAAACUUUAUCAUUCUGCUGUAUAACUGUAUUAAUUCGUGUGCAUCCAACUUUGAACAUUCUCUUUGCAAUCUGAUUUUUGUCAGGGAUUAAUUCUAAUUAUCUAAUCUGUUUAAAGAUUGUGUUAAACACUUGAUUUUUACUUUGUAUAAUUUUUAAAAUUUUAUUUUUAAAUGAUGUUUCUGUUCUCUCAGUCACCACUAGGUGACACUGUAACCUUUUAUCCCUUAACUUUGGGGCUGCAAACAUUGAACUGCUUUCACUACAGGCUGUGAUUGAUGGUUACUUUUGCUACUGGCACAUUUAUGGUGUCAUGUUUAAUGAUGAAGCUGUUCUCUGUGAUUAGAGUGCAGGGGCACUGGGUUUUGUUAAUGUGCUGCUUAACUAAUGGUUCAGUUCAGUAUUUAUGUACAUUAUGUAUAUGUUUUUAAUGGCAUGUCUGAUGGUGAAUCUGUUAAAGUGAUGUUUGGACACAAACUGUCACACAUUAAGUGCCUUUCAGUAGCACUGUAGGCUGCAGUUUAUCAUGGGUCAGCCCAGAGGGAUUGAAUCCUCAAAUUGGAGAGUGUUAAUGUUGUGCCAUAAACAUUAAAGGACCAGUUCACCCAAAGAUGAAAGUUCAGUCAUUAUAUACUCAAAGCAAUGGUGACUAUAAGUUGGGGGGAAUUUUUGGAGCCAACAAAACAUUACUGGAGAUUCACAGCAACCAGUUUAAAUCACAGGCUGACCAGUGUUUGUGUUUAAGGUUUGUAACCCAAAACCUAGCCUGAAGCUGAAGUGAUUAAAAUACAAAUCAUCGUC